AGUGAUCAUAAAUCUAAAUUGAAAGUUGAGAACGUGUUUCGUUAGAAGUGGUUCCAUAAUGAAAAACUGAUGGUUUGAAAUUGUGAAAUUGAAAUGGCUGAACUAUAUUUGUGCUUUAUCUGGGCUCUAAUAAGCCAAUGUCAUGGGUUUUACUUUGAUGGACAGCCAAGAAUAUUAGCCAGCGAUGGUAAUCUUAUUGUGGAAUCAGCAAAAGAUCGCAACAUAUCGUUUCGCUUACAAGGAAUUGGAUGUCUGAACAUCAACGAUAUCAAUAUUCUUAAAAUAAUUGAAGGAGCUGCUGAUCACGUAGGCUCACCGAGGAAUGUUAUCGACCGCAUAAAGUCAGUCGAAGAGAACAUAGUUGAUCUGAAAGCUACUGAUCUGAGUCAUGGCAUCAGAUUAGUACGUCUUGAAAAUGGAACUAACAGAAAUUCAGUAAGAAUGACACCAAUCGUCAACACGCGACUACGGAAUUUUCAACGGCGAAUUUUGACUUUAGAAACAAAAGUGGAGCGCAUACUCAACAAUUUAAGCGAAGAUGACUGUAGAAGCAAUCCAUGUCAGAACGGAGGAACGUGUGUCGAUAUGUACACUGAUUUCACCUGCAAAUGUCCCUUGAAUUGGGAGGGUAAAACGUGUGCAAACGAUGUGAAUGAAUGUGCUAUGUUUGCUGGCACAGAGUUAGGUUGUCAAAAUGGAGCAAGCUGUGUUAAUUCACCGGGAAGUUAUAGUUGUGCCUGUACACCCGGCUGGCAAGGCAUUCACUGCGCUAAACGUACAGUUGAUUGUGUAUCUGCCGGAAGUGAGUUCUGUGGACAUGGUAGCUGUAUAUCCUCUGCCGAUCAGGUUGGAUAUAAAUGCAUUUGUGAUCAAGGAUGGAAGUCAAAUGGCAUCUCAUUGGCUUGUUCAGUUGAUAUUGACGAGUGCAGCGAAAUGAAGCCAUACUGUUCGAAGGAUCCACCGGUACAAUGUAUUAAUCUGCCUGGAACGUUUAUGUGCGGUCAGUGUCCUGCAGGAUUUACUGGAAAUGGACACUACUGCAGUGAUAUUAAUGAAUGUGAAGUGAACAAUGGAGGAUGUAGUACAGCACCGUCUGUGGAAUGCAUAAACACUAGAGGUUCAUAUCGUUGCGGAUCAUGUCCGCCAGGUUGGCAGGGAGAUGGGAGAUAUUGUAUACGAGCAAUACCGGCAGAUGCUGGAUCUUCAGGCAGUGCAACAGGGGGCGGUUUUAUCAAUGGAAUUUGUUCUCGGCAAAAUUUUUGCCAUCCAUUAGCCACAUGUUCGGAGACACCGACUGGACCAAUUUGUAUUUGUCCCGCUGGAUACGUGGGAUCGGGUUUCGGUUCUAUGGGAUGUUCCCCUGGCGAAAUUCUUCGUCAUCCAUGCUCAAGUAAUCCAUGUAUUAACGGCGGCACAUGCUCAUCCAAUGGAACAUCAUUUACAUGUACCUGUCCUGCAGGAUUUAAUCCACCAGUGUGUGCAUAUGCAUUCGAUCCAUGUGCACCAAAUCCGUGUCGGAACGGAGGAUCAUGUGUCAGGCUUCGUGGAUUCAAUUAUCGGUGUUCGUGUUCACCGUCGUUCACUGGAAAUCUAUGUGAAACGCAAAGAAGUGAAUGCGGUGGUGUGCUAAGCGGUCAAAGUGGAACCCUUAAAUAUCCAUUAAGCGAUACAUAUCCGCACAAUUCACGAUGUGCUUGGGUAAUUCGAACCAAUGCUAGCCAAGUUUUGAACAUAACAUUCACCAAAUUUGCUGUAGAGCCGUCCGGGCCACCAUGUCGGUUCGACUGGUUGCAGAUACAUGACGGCCGGACGUCUUCUUCUCACAUGAUUGGUAGAUUUUGUGGCAUAAAACUGCCCAAGGACGGCAAUUUUGCUUCGACUACCCACACUUUGUACCUAUGGUUUCGAUCCGAUAAUUCAUCCUCGCAUGACGGAUUUGAGCUUAAUUGGAACAGUAUAGAUCCCAUUUGUGGAGGAACGUUUGAAGUAGAUUCGCAUGGAACAAUCGCAUCACCUGGUUCGCCAGGAAACUAUCCACCGAAUCGUGAUUGCGAGUGGGAUUUAACAGCACCAUUCGGAAAGCGCUUUCAAUUCCAAUUUUUCACCUUGCAGUUAGAAGCCCACGAAACGUGUCAAUACGACUAUAUCGCUAUCUACAGUGGGUCAAGUACAUCUGGCACACUGUUGAACAAAUAUUGUAACACAUCGCAUCCAGAACCGUUGACUACACCCGAAAAUCAUGCAGUGGUGACAUUUCAUUCGGAUGAAGCUGGAACCGAUGCAGGAUUUCAAAUUCACUACACCGUUGUUGAAGGUAUACCUGGUUGUGGUGGAGUUUUCACAGCUAGUAAUGGUGAAUUUGGUCCACCCACACAGAAUGGAGCUUAUCAACGAAAUAUGCUGUGCGAAUAUUUGAUUCGAAUGCCUGUAGGAUCCCGUAUAGAAAUCAAAUUCAAGUCAUUCGAAUUGGAAGAGAGUAGAGACUGUGAUUAUGAUUACAUCGAGAUUUUCGAAGGUUCAUCCGACAAAGACCCGAAAGUGAGUAAAUAUUGUGGAAACAGUAUACCGCCAUCAUACACAUCACUGGGUAACGUUUUACUGGUCGUAUUCAAAUCGGAUUGGUCAGCUAAUUUUGAAGGCUUUAGGAUCAGCUACGAAAUCGUUUGUGGUGGAUUGUUUGAAAAUGCAACUGGCGUCAUCACUUCACCAUUCUAUCCGAAUCCAUACGAGCACAGUCGUUCUUGUUUGUAUGAAAUUCUUGCUCCGCCUGGCAAAGCAAUAACAUUAGUCUUCGAUGACUUUGACAUCGAGGAUACAUCAUACCCCGAUUGUGACUUCGACUUUGUUAAGAUCUAUGACGGCUUUGAGUCAAAUGCCACUGAUAUCAGAAAAUUUUGCGGGACCACACUUCCACCUACUGCGAUAUCAACAAUGAACGUUAUGAUGGUGCUCUUCCAGAGCGAUGCGUCGAUCAGCGGAAAAGGUUUCAGGGCAGCGUAUUCAUUUAUCGAUAUUAAGUGUGGAGGAGUAAUUAAAACUCUUGGACACGACAUUCAGCCACCGAAACAUUUGGUUUCACAAACAUAUGCGCACGAUGCCGAUUGCAGCUGGAUUAUUAUGGCACCGCCAGGCUUUGUCAUUCAAUUGACGUUUUUCGCAUUUCAUUUGGAAGACAGUUCAGAUUGUUCCUUGGAUUACGUUGAAAUUUUCGAAGGAUAUGUACAUAAUGGAACCAAAAUACAAAAAUACUGUGGCACGAAUAUGCCGCCUGUAACACAAUCCAGUAGUAAUGUACUAGGAAUUAAAUUCGUUACGGAUUCGUCGGUUUCGGCAGAUGGUUUCAGAGUGCAAUACAUGUUCAUAGACGCAAAAAGAGUUUGCGGUGGAUCAUUUUACGCACCAACUGGAAGAUUGAAUUCUCCAGGAUGGCCACAAAAAUACUCGGAAAACAAAGAUUGUGUUUGGAUAUUGAAUGCCCCAACAGGCCAACAAAUUGAGCUACAAAUAGAGUCUUUCGAAUUAGAAGAACGCGAAGACUGUGCGUUCGAUUCGCUUACAAUAAGAAAUGGUGGCACCAUGCAAUCACCAAUCUUCGGAAAAUACUGUGGAACUGUAAUCCCGAAAGUAAUUCGAUCGUUCACCAACCAACUGCACAUUGAAUUCAAAACCGAUUCGUCGCGCAAUUUUAAAGGAUUCAACAUCACAUGGGAUUCGACAAUGUCCGGUUGUGGCGGAAACAUACACAAUGCUGUGCGCGGUUCGAUACAUUCACCGAAUUAUCCGAAUCCGUACGGCAUCAAUUCGCAGUGCGAUUGGCGUAUUACUGUGAGUAAGGGAUCGUUGGUACAAUUGUUGUUCACUGAUUUGGAACUGGAAGAGCAUUACGAAUGUUACUUUGAUUACAUUGAAAUAUUCGAUGGACGCAGUUCAGCUGCAAAAAGUUUGGGAAAAUACUGUGCGCUCAAUCUUGUGCCGAUUCCAAUUUUGUCCACGUCAAACGAAAUAUUCAUCCGAAUGAUCUCUGAUGUUAAUAAUCAGGGAAGGGGAUUUGAUUUGAGGUUUAACACAGUGUGCACGCACGAGAUGAAGUUGCACCGUGGCGUCAUCGAGUCACCGAAUUUCCCUGACAGAUAUCCAGAUAAUUUGCAAUGUGAUUGGACGAUCAUUGCACCUCGAGGAAACAAAAUAUUCGUUGCCUUUUCACAGUUCGAAACCGAAGAAAGUUACGAUGACAGCGACGAAACGAAAGAAUGUACAUUUGACUACUUGGAGAUCGUUCAGAAAAAAAGUGAAGACAAGGAAGUGUCACAAUCAGAGAAGUACUGUAAAGAAAUGCCCAAGGAUUUCACUUCCAUUGGCGACACAGUGGUUGUCAGAUUCAAAACCGACGCUAGCUUUUCAGCUGGUGGAUUCCAUUUGGAAUUUGAAGUUCAAGGAUGCGGUAAUAUGUUUACAAGACCAAGCGGUAAUUUUACAAGUCCAAACUAUCCGAACGAGUACCCUCACGGCGUCACAUGUGAAUGGUCUAUUGUGACAGAUUAUGGUAACGUAAUUGAGCUCACUAUAAAUGAUCUAGACAUUGAAAUGGGUGGCACUUGUUACGAUAAGUUGGAGUUAUCCAACGAGAAAAACUUCUCGCAUCCCAUGAACCAAUUUUGCCACAAAUUCGAUAAACCAAACGUAGUGACGUCGCACGGUAAUGAAUUAUUUGUAAGAUUCACCACCGAUUUUUCGUACUCUGGAAAAGGAUUUAGUGCAUUCUACACUACCAAGACAAUACAGUGCGGUGGUAUGUUCAAAACCCGAUCGUCAUCGUUUACUUCACCAAAGUAUCCUAACAAUUACGAUUCAAAUAUGUAUUGUGAAUGGUUCCUCGAAGUUGAGGACAAUCAUCGGUUGUCUUUGAGCUUCAUAGACUUUAGCACAGAAGACAGCUGCAUGCACGAUUCGGUUAAGAUUUACAACGGAUACGAGAAAACGGACGACAAACUGAUGGCCACUCUUUGCGGCAAUGAAAUUCCAAAGACAAUUUACAAUUCUACGGACAAUAAAAUGUUGGUUGUGAUGCAAACCGACGGUUCCAUAGAAUAUAAGGGCUUUAGAGCUAACUUUGUGACGGCUUGUGGUGGUACUAUUAUGGUUAACGAAAGUGGUACAAUCGAAAUGGAUUCAUUCCAUGGAAUGGAACAGAAAAAUUGUAACUGGACAUUAAUAGCACCGAAACCAGAGCAACACGUUACUCUGACAAUUGCAAGUCUAGUUACCUUAUCGUUACCUGAAGGUGGAUGCUUCCUGAAAGUCUUGAUUUACGAUGGAUCAAACACGACAUCUCCUCUAGCCAAAGAAGUUUGUGAGCAAGGUCAUCCUCCGCCAAUCGUGAGCAGUGGAAACUCACUUACAUUGUCGCUUACAGAAGAUCACAUGUUGAGUUUCAGAUUCGUUGCAUUUUAUUCUACAAUGGAAAAUACAUGCGGUGGUAAAUUCUCAGACCUGACUGGUCAGAUAGCGUCACCAUCAUACCCAAGAAGCUACCCGACUGACGUGGAAUGCGUCUGGGAAUUGAGUGCGUCGCCGGGAAAUCGUUUGAUUCUUACCAUUGAAAAAAUGGACAUUGAGCUAUCUGAUAAAUGUAACGAAGAUUAUCUGGAAAUUCGUGAGAACAGCAUUUCAGGCAACCUUGUUGGUGUAUAUUGCGGAAACGAUGUACCAUCUGAUUUACCGCAAGCGGAGCGCUUUUGGCUGAAAUUUAAAAGCAAUUCCGAUGGAGUGGGUACUGGAUUUUUGGCGCAAUACACUUAUGCCACUUCCGUUGAAAUCACUGGUUCUAGUGGUAUCAUCACCUCGCCUUUGUAUCCGACUGCUUUCGAACGUGUAUCACAAGUGUAUACACACCGCAUCACGGUCAGAUUUGGAUACUACAUUUCGAUUGUCGUUAAGGAGUUUUUGUCGAAGAGCGGAAAUGGGUUUUCUAUUCACGAUGGCUAUGAUGAUUCAGCACCAGUUGAGGAAAUUGAUGCAACGACUACAAAUCCUAUUGUGUCAUCGUCUAACAUUGUCUUUGUCACAAGUUCAACUGAUUUCUUCAGUGAGAUUUCGUUUAAAUUGGAAUGGAACGAGGUCAGCGAGAAACGGGUGGAAGUCAAGAACGAGACCCAAACAACUAACUGCACCGAAAAUUCCAUAAUCUAUCUGAAUAAUGUAACUGCCGUGAAUAUCAGCUCACCGGGAUAUCCGUACGGCUACGAGGCCAAUCGUAAUUGCACGUGGACCCUGAAACCGGAACAGGCCGGCUACCAUGCAGCGUUCCAAUUUCUCGAAAUUGAUUUGGAAGAUUCGUUUAACUGCCUUAGUGACUAUGUGAAAGUAUCGUCCAGUAAUGAUUUGUCGAACUAUAAGUUGCUGAAUAGGACAUGCCAAGAGACUCCAAAUGUAGUACUACAAUUGCACGGGAAUCCGUAUUUGCAACUUAAUUUCAUUUCGGACUAUUAUGCCAAUCGCACAGGAUUUCUUGGCAUGGCAAAAGCCCAAUGUGGUGCUCCCAUGACUGGUCCUAGUGGUGUCAUUACAGUUUAUAGAGAAUAUGACUGUGAAUGGAGCAUAACUGUUCGCCGCGGCCGAACGAUCAAAUUUGAAUUUCUUCAAUUCGAUAUUCCAACUAAUGGCAAUUCGGAGUGUCGCAGCUACGUGAUACUGAAAAAUGGAGCAAGUAUGGAAUCGCCAUUCCUGGGACAAGGCAAAUUCUGCGGAGCGUCAAUACCAACAGUGGAUAAGACAUCGAGUAAUCGGGCCCUUGUAGUGUUCAAGGAAGACGCUAGUCUGGCUAGAGUCUCCUCGUUCGCACUUCGCUACGAAGAGGUUACAUUCGAUUGCGGUGGUACGAUAAUUUUCAACGGUGAAAAUUCCAGCAUUAUCCAUUCGCCCAAUUUUCCCAACAUACCUCAUCCUCACAUUGAAUGCGUGUGGACUGUCAUCGUGCCAAGUGGAGAACUGAUUCAAGUCGAUUUUAUCGAACGAUUCGAUGUGACCAAUGCCAAAGACUGUGAUCAAGAGUACGUUGAGAUUCGAGACGGCGGAACUACGAGCGGAAAUGUAAUCGGCAAAUUCUGCGGUAAAAUGCCACCGAGUCAGUAUUCUACGUCCAAUAUGGUUAGGAUCAAAUACUACACGGAUAUUCCUGUGCCAAUGAAUGGUUUCAAGGCUAAUAUAACGUUAGCCAAGUGUGGUGGAUUCUAUCGCAGCUCGAGGGGAACGAUUCAGUCCAGCAACUAUCCCGGUCUCGGUGGCUAUGAAAAAAAUUCAGUUUGCGAAUAUCACAUCAGUGGGCCUACUGGAUCUGCCUUGAAUUUGACUUUCGUUGACUUGAAUCUACCCAGCGCUUACAAUUGUAGCACAACCGAUCACAUAGAAAUUUACAGCAUCGUUCAAGGACCAAGGAAUACGAAUGAUUCAACGACCGACCAAAUUGGCACAUAUUGUGGAAAUGAUGACCUUCCCGAGUCAAUUCUAACUAGCUCGGAGGUGCUGGUACGAUUUGUUACGAUGAAUGGCAACAACAUGUAUCGAGGUUUUCGCAUAUCAUUCACAAAUUCGGUGGAAAAAUGUGGUGGUGAAAUUUCGGCCGAAAGUGGUUAUAUUACGAGUCCAGGUUAUCCAAACGGUCGUCCAUUCCGACAAUACUGUGAGUGGAGAAUUACCGUUCCGAAAGGGCGGCGAGUGAAAGCUGAAAUCUUGGAUUUUGAUUUUGUCGGCACUCCCAUGAUUCAAGUUCCGUCAAGAUUACAAACCCGAAUUAUUGUUCCGCAAAGCCUGACAUUUUACAAUGAUUUCACGUAUACCAGUCGAAUAAAACGAUUGUGGCAAAACGAAACCAAUGAAGCGGUCUAUUCAUCCGACAAUCGAAUGCUUAUUAGUUUAUGGCUGAGGAACAAUGCCGGUCAUCGUGGAUUCAGGCUGAAGUAUAGUUCAGAUGAACCAACCAUUUGUAGUGGCAAUUUGAAUUCAGGUGAGGGAACCAUUGAAUCGCCGAAAAAUGUCUCUUCCUACUAUUGCGAAUAUCAACGUGACCAGAACGAACCGUUCAUUAGAGGUGAAAGCAACGUUGGUACGAUGGGCAUCUACAUAACAGAAUUAGCGACAACAUCUUCGUUUUGCCCUGUUUUGUCGCCAAUAGUCGUACAAUAUUUACCAUUUACACGCAAUAGAAUGUUCACGAAAAAUUGCAACGGAACGAACGAAUUUCCGCCGGUUGCUUCUCCAUUUGCUGAAGUCAAAAUUAGCGCCAAGAAAGGUGGAUACCAUGCAGAUGUUUCUCCGUACACAAUUAAUUACAAAGUUCAUAAUUGCGGAAAGCUGAUAAAGAAUACGCAGGAUGUCACCGUUCGACAACCCACAUUUCCACAAAAUUAUGGCCGUGUAGCAUGUGCAUGGCAAUACACUACAGUUGAAAGCGCUCCCAUUGCGGUAUUUGGAAGCUAUGCAAACAUCGACUGUGCCACUGAAUCCAUUACCAUUUAUUCGAGUACUUCCCCGCCGGGUAUUGGAAAGGAAAAGUACUGCGGCGAAUCAACAAAGAACCUCAAUUAUGCAUUACCUCGAUCCGCUUCUGCCGUGUUCAUCGAAUAUCAUUCAAGGAACUACAAUCCCAACACCACAUUUGAACUGCACAUCAAAGCCAAUUACAGCGUAUGCGGCGGAACGAUUGAACAUCCGCUAUUCGAAUUCUCUAGCCCAUUGAAUGGCUCCCAAUAUCCCAACAAUAUUGAAUGCAUCUGGGACAUAUCGACCAGUAUCGGCUACCACAUUGGAUUAUCGUUUAUAAAUAGAUUCUUCUUGGAAGACAGCACUGAUUGUACGAAAGAUUAUAUCGAAAUCCAGGAUUAUGUGGACGAUAAUUGGCAAAGAAUGGCUCGCGUUUGUGGACGGUCCACUCCGAAGCCGUUGAAUUCAACGGGUAAUAAAAUGAGAGUAAUUUUCCGCACCAACGAGAAUACAGUUGGUGAAGGAUUUACGAUCAAGUGGGAAGAGAAUUGUGGCGGCGUAUUUGCGGUAACCAAAGCUACGCAGUUUUUGACGAGUCCAAAUUUCCCGAACCGCUAUCCAAGAAAUUUGAGAUGUAAUUACACAUUGUUGGCUGGCAAAAACGAUUACAUCAAUGUGGAUUUCGAUGAGUUUGAGCUGGAAGACACGUCCCGAUCUUGUGUGUAUGACAAUUUAACCAUUUACAAGUAUGAGGAGUGGAGCUUCCCACCCAAUUCACCAUCGCUAGUCGGGGUUUACUGUUGGAAACAGUCGUUGACUCACAUCCGCCACAAACACAAACUGAAUUUGAUAUUUUCCAGCGAUGCUUUCAUUGAGAAGAAAGGCUUCUCGUCCAAGUAUUAUCUGGACAAUUGUGGCGGCAACGUCACCGACAGUUCAAUGAUUGAAGUGCCCAAAAAAGAAUCGGGCAAGUACGCCGCAUUCUUAAAUUGUGUGUGGCUUAUCACAGCACCGCCAGAGAAGAAAAUCACAAUUCGUUUCGAAUAUUUCGACAUUGAGCACAAUGAUCAGUGCUAUCUGGAUGCGGUGGAGGUUUACCAAGGUCUAAAAACUGACGAUACGCAUCGUAAAGCUCUGCUAUGUGGCAAUUUAACACAACAUGCCCCAAUUAUCAACAUCGCAUCGAACAAAGCCGUGGUCAAAUUCCGCUCGGACGGAAAUAUUAACGAUGGCGGAUUUAGUGCGCUGAUAUUGUUCGGUGAAAAUUGCGACAAAACCAUUGAACUGAAUGACAGAUCUCCCAGCUAUAAUCUCGAUAAAACCGGCGCGGCCUAUCCACCACUUUUGGAUUGUCAAUACGUGGUUACAGUGCCGGAGGGAUUCGUCGUAAAAGUCGAAUUCGAACAAUUCCAUCUCGCUCCUUGUCAUAGGGAUAACUCUUCGUGCACUUGUGAUUUUGUGGCUGUUUUGGACGGAUCAGAUGCUUUUGCAGAACCGAUUCAAAAGAAUUUGUGCGGACACAGCUUGCCGCAAAAUAUUAUAUCCAGUGGACGAUCAUUGUUCAUUCGAUAUGUAACUGACUCCGUCGCAAGCAGUUCAGGAUUUUCGGCUAACAUAAAAAUGGAAGCAGCUGAAUGUGGAAAGACUCUAAUUCAUCUGAAUUCAACAACACCUGAACACACCCUUACCUGGCCGAUUGGCUCGUCCAAUUAUAGGCCAAAUUCACAAUGUGAUUGGAUAAUUGAAGCUCCUGACACGGAACAGAUCGAUAUUCAUUUCGAGAAAUUCGACUUGGAGGAUGCUGAUUCAGGUGGCCAAUGCAGUCUUGACUACCUGAGAUUGACUGAUGACGAUGCAAAUCUUUUCAACUCCGAAGGACUGGGUUCUCAAUUCAUUUUUUCGGGAGGCAAGUCAAGAGUUUUGAAACCAUACUUCUAUUGGGGACGAAGUUUCCCAACAGCACCCCAUGAUUACUGUGGUGCUGGCAUUCCAAACGAUUUCGUAUCAAGUUCGAAAAGAGUGAAAGUUCGAUUCCGUAGUAACGAAUCUAAUCAGAAAUCCGGAUUCCAGUUUAUUGCCAGAAUGACGCCAGCGUGCCACCGAAAUUACACGAGCCUUCAAGGACGACUAUAUACGAAACAAUUAGGCGAUUGCGAGACAUACAUAACGGUACCGGAAAACUAUACAAUUUCCCUAUACUUUGGAAUGUUCAACGUAUACCUGUCGGAUUUCACCUUCCAAUGCACCGAUGAAACCGCCCCGAUUAAAGUCUUCGAUAAUCGUCGUAACCAAUUGCUUCAACACGUCUGCCCGGGCUCAGUCCCAAAUCCAAUAUUCGCUAAUUCCAGCAGUCUUAAGAUCAAAACCAAGAAAAUGGAUGUGUCAUGGGUAGACACGAAUGGAGCUUAUGACAUAACUUACUUGGCAACGAACACCGGAUUGGGUUGCGGUGGCCAGAUAUUCAAUUAUGCGGGACAAUUUUCCAGCCCUAUGUAUCCAGCUAACGAUCGAAAUGCGUCGGAUUGCCGAUGGGAUAUUAGUGUGCCGCCAAAUUUAGUAGUUUCCCUAACGUUUACGGUCUUCGACAUGGGCUCGUCCGUCCACUGUGCCGACAAUUAUGUACAGAUUAUUGAAUCGGACUAUGAAGGGAAAGAGACAAUUGCCCGUCAAUACUGCGGAGAAGAUGUACCUAGUGCAUACAAGAGCAAUCGUAACUUAGUAUCCAUUCGAUUCAAGAAAACUUCGAAUUUCGCCGGCACAGGAUGGAAUCUCCAAUUUAUGGCUGUCCAUCCAGUGGCUGUUGUUUCGCAACCACAGUUACACACUUACGAAUCACGAUUCACGGUGAGAUUUUUCACAAAUUUCAGACCAAGAAUAUUAGCCAGCGAUGGUAAUCUUAUUGUGGAAUCAGCAAAAGAUCGCAACAUAUCGUUUCGUUUACAAGGAAUUGGAUGUCUGAACAUCAACGAUAUCAAUAUUCUUAAAAUAAUUGAAGGAGCUGCUGAUCACGUAGCCUCACCGAGGAAUGUUAUCGACCGCAUAAAGUCAGUCGAAGAGAACAUAGUUGAUCUGAAAGCUACUGAUCUGAGUCAUGGCAUCAGAUUAGUACGUCUUGAAAAUGGAAACAGAAAUUCAGGGAGAAUGACACCAAUCGUCAACACGCGACUACGGAAUUUUCAACGGCGAAUUUUGACUUUAGAAACAAAAGUGGAGCGCAUACUCAACAAUUUAAGCGAAGAUGACUGUAGAAGCAAUCCAUGUCAGAACGGAGGAACGUGUAUCGAUAUGUACACCGAUUUUACCUGCAAAUGCCCCUCGAAUUGGGAGGGAAAAACGUGUGCAAACGAUGUGAAUGAAUGUGCAAUGUUUGCUGGCACAGAGUUAGGUUGUCAAAAUGGAGCAAGUUGUGUUAAUUCACCGGGAAGUUAUAGUUGUGCCUGUACACCCGGCUGGCAAGGCAUUCACUGCGCUAAACGUACAGUUGAUUGUGUAUCUGCCGGAAGUGAGUUCUGUGGACAUGGUAGCUGUAUAUCCUCUGCCGAUCAGGUUGGAUAUAAAUGCAUUUGUGAUCAAGGAUGGAAGUCAAAUGGCAUCUCAUUGGCUUGUUCAGUUGAUAUUGACGAGUGCAGCGAAAUGAAGCCGUACUGUUCGAAGGAUCCACCGGUACAAUGUAUUAAUCUGCCUGGAACGUUUAUGUGCGGUCAGUGUCCUGCAGGAUUUACUGGAAAUGGACACUACUGCAGUGAUAUUAAUGAAUGUGAAGUGAACAAUGGAGGAUGUAGUACAGCACCGUCUGUGGAAUGCAUAAACACUAGAGGUUCAUAUCGUUGCGGAUCAUGUCCGCCAGGUUGGCGGGGAGAUGGGAGAUAUUGUAUACGAGCAAUACCGGCAGAUGCUGGAUCUUCAGGCAGUGCAACAGGGAGCGGUUUUAUCAAUGGAAUUUGUUCUCGGCAAAAUUUUUGCCAUCCAUUAGCCAUAUGUUCGGAGACACCGACUGGACCAAUUUGUAUAUGUCCCGCUGGAUACGUGGGAUCGGGUUUCGGUUCUAUGGGAUGUUCUCCUGGCGAAAUUCUACGUCAUCCAUGCUCAAGUAAUCCAUGUAUUAACGGCGGCACAUGCUCAUCCAAUGGAACAUUAUUUACAUGUACCUGUCCUGCAGGAUUUAAUCCACCUGUGUGUGCAUAUGCAUUCGAUCCAUGUGCACCAAAUCCGUGUCGGAACGGAGGAUCAUGUGUCAGGCUUCGUGGAUUCAAUUAUCGGUGUUCGUGUUCACCGUCGUUCACUGGAAAUCUAUGUGAAACGGAAAGAAGUGAAUGCGGUGGUGUGCUAAGCGGUCAAAGUGGAACCCUUAAAUAUCCAUUAAGCGAUACAUAUCCGCACAAUUCACGAUGUGCUUGGGUAAUUCGAACCAAUGCUAGCCAAGUUUUGAACAUAACAUUCACCAAAUUUGCUGUAGAGCCGUCCGGGCCACCAUGUCGGUUCGACUGGUUGCAGAUACAUGACGGCCGGACGUCUUCUUCUCACCUGAUUGGUAGAUUUUGUGGCAUAAGACUGCCCAAGGACGGCAAUUUUGCUUCGACUACCAACACUUUGUACCUAUGGUUUCGAUCCGAUAAUUCAUCCUCGCACGACGGAUUUGAGCUUAAUUGGAACAGUAUAGAUCCCAUUUGUGGAGGAACGUUUGAAGUAGAUUCGCAUGGAACAAUCGCAUCACCUGGUUCGCCAGGAAACUAUCCACCGAAUCGUGAUUGCGAGUGGGAUUUAACAGCACCAUUCGGAAAGCGCAUUCAGUUCCAUUUUUUCACCAUGCAGUUAGAAGCGCAUGAAACGUGUAAAUACGACUAUAUCGCUAUCUACAGUGGGUCAAGUACAUCUGGCACACUGUUGAACAAAUAUUGUAACACAUCGCAUCCAGAACCGUUGACUACACCCGAAAAUCAUGUAGUGGUGACAUUUCAUUCGGAUGAAGCUGGAACCGAUGCAGGAUUUCAAAUUCACUACACCGUUGUUGAAGGUAUACCUGGUUGUGGUGGAGUUUUCACAGCUAGUAAUGGUGAAUUUGGUCCACCCACACAGAAUGGAGCUUAUCAACGAAAUAUGCUGUGCGAAUAUUUGAUUCGAAUGCCUGUAGGAUCCCGUAUAGAAAUCAAAUUCAAAUCAUUCGAAUUGGAAGAGAGUAGAGACUGUGGUUAUGAUUACAUCGAGAUUUUCGAAGGUUCAUCCGACAAAGACCCGAAAGUGAGUAAAUAUUGUGGAAACAGUAUACCGCCAUCAUACACAUCACUGGGUAACGUUUUACUGGUCGUAUUCAAAUCGGAUUGGUCAUCUAAUUUUGAAGGCUUUAGGAUCAGCUACGAAAUCGUUUGUGGUGGAUUGUUUGAAAAUGCAACUGGCGUCAUCACGUCACCAUUCUAUCCGAAUCCAUACGAGCACAGUCGUUCUUGUUUGUAUGAAAUUCUUGCUCCGCCUGGCAAAGCCAUAACAUUAGUCUUCGAUGACUUUGAUAUCGAGGAUACAUCAUACCCCGAUUGUGACUUCGACUUUGUUAAAGUCUAUGACGGCUUUGAGACAAAUGCCACUGAUAUCAGAAAGUUUUGCGGGAACACACUUCCACCUACUGCGAUAUCAACAAUGAACAUUAUGAUGGUGCUCUUCCAGAGCGAUGCGUCGAUCAGCGGAAAAGGUUUCAGGGCAGCCUAUUCAUUUAUCGAUAUUAAGUGUGGAGGAGUAAUUAAAACUCUUGGACACGACAUUCAGCCACCAAAACAAUCGGGUUCACAAACAUAUGAACACGAUGCCAAUUGCAGCUGGAUUAUUAUGGCACCGCCGGGUUUUGUUGUUCAAUUAACCUUUUUGGCAUUUCAUUUGGAAGAGUCAGAUUGUUCAGUCGACUAUGUUGCUAUUUCGGAAGGAUUUCCUCAUAAUGGAAACAAUAUACAUUCAUACUGCGGCACGAAUAUACCGCCUGUGACGCAGUCCAGUGGCAAUGUAUUGGGAAUCAGAUUCGUUUCGGAUUCGUCGGUUUCGGCAGAUGGUUUUAGGUUGCAAUACAUGUUUAUCGACGCUACAGGAGGUUUACUAGUUUCACUUUGCGGUGGAUCCUUUUUUGCACCAACUGGAAGAUUGAAUUCUCCAGGAUGGCCACGAGAAUAUUCGGAAAACAAGAAUUGCGUGUGGAAACUGAAUGCACCAACAGGACGACAAAUUGAACUACUAAUUGAUUCUUUUGAAUUGGAAGAAGACGACGGCUGUGCAUUUGACUCACUUGAAAUAAGAAAUGGUGGCACCAUGCAAUCACCAAUCCUCGGAAAAUACUGUGGAACUGUAAUCCCGAAAGUAAUUCGAUCAUUCACCAACCAAUUGCACAUCGAAUUCAAAAGCGAUUCGUCGCGCAAUUUUAAAGGAUUCAACAUCACAUGGGAUUUGACAAUGUCCGGUUGUGGCGGAAACAUAUACAAUGCUGAGCGCGGUUCGAUACAUUCACCGAAUUAUCCGAAUCCGUACGGCAUCAAUUCGCAGUGCGAUUGGCGUAUUACUGUGAGUAAGGGAUCGUUGGUACAAUUGUUGUUCACUGAUUUGGAACUGGAAGAGCAUUACGAAUGCUACUUUGAUUACAUUGAAAUAUUCGAUGGACGCAGUUCAGCUGCAAAAAGUUUGGGAAAAUACUGUGCGCUCAAUCUUGUGCCGAUUCCAAUUUUGUCCACGUCAAACGAAAUAUUCAUCCGAAUGAUCUCUGAUGUUAAUAAUCAGGGAAGGGGAUUUGAUUUGAGGUUUAACACAGUGUGCACGCACGAGAUGAAGUUGCACCGUGGCGUUAUCGAGUCACCGAAUUUCCCUGACAAAUAUCCCGAUAAUGUUCAAUGUGAUUGGACGAUCAUUGCACCACAGGGAAACAAAAUAUUAAUCGCCUUUUCGCAGUUCGAAAUCGAAGCAAGUUACGAUGACAGCGACGAAACGAAAGAAUGUACAUUUGACUACUUGGAGAUCGUUCAGAAAAAAAGUGAGGACAAGGAAGUGUCACAAUCAGAGAAGUACUGUAAAGAAAUGCCCAAGGAUUUCACUUCCAUUGGCGACACAGUGGUUGUCAGAUUCAAAACCGACGCUAGCUUUUCAGCUGGUGGAUUCCAUUUGGAAUUUGAAGUUCAAGGAUGCGGUAAUAUGUUUACAAGACCAAGCGGUAAUUUUACAAGUCCAAACUAUCCGAACGAGUACCCUCACGGCGUCACAUGUGAAUGGUCUAUUGUGACAGAUUAUGGUAACGUAAUUGAGCUCACUAUAAAUGAUCUAGACAUUGAAAUGAGUGGCGGUUGUUACGAUAAGUUGGAGGUAUCCAACGAGAAAAACUUCUCGCAUCCCAUGAACCAAUUUUGCCACAAAAUCGAUAAACCAGUCGUAGUGACGUCGCACGGUAAUGAAUUAUUUGUGAGAUUCACAACCGAUUUUUCGGACACUGGAAAGGGAUUUAGCGCAUUCUUUACAACCAAGACAAUACAAUGUGGUGGUGUGUUCAAAACCCGAUCGUCAUCGUUUACUUCGCCAAAGUAUCCUAACAAUUACGAUUCAAAUAUCUAUUGUGAAUGGUUCCUCGAAGUUGAGGACAAUCAUCGGUUGGCUUUGAGUUUCAUAGACUUUAGCACAGAAGACAGCUGCAAACACGAUUCGGUUAAGGUUUACAACGGAUACGAGAAGACUGAUGACAAACUAAUGGCCACUCUUUGCGGCAAUGAAAUUCCAAAGACAAUUUACAAUUCUACAGACAAUAAAAUGUUGGUUGUGAUGCAAACCGACGCUUCCGUAGAAUAUAAGGGUUUUAGGGCUAACUUUAGGACGGCAUGUGGUGGUAAUAUUAUGGUUAACGAAAGUGGUACAAUCGAAUUGGAUUCAUUUCAUGGAAUGGAAGAGAAAAAUUGUAACUGGACAUUAAUAGCACCGAAACGAGAGCAACAUGUUACUGUGACAAUUGCAAGUCUUGUUACCUUGAAGUUUCCUGAUGGAUGCUUCCUGAAGGUCCUGGUUUACGAUGGACCAAGCACUACAGCUCCUCUGAUCACAGAAGUUUGUGAGCAAGGUCAUCCUCCACCAAUUGUGAGCACUGGAAACUCACUUACACUGUCGCUCUCAGAUGAUCAAUUGUUGAGUUUCAGAUUUAUUGCAUUUUAUUCUACAAUGGAAAAUACAUGCGGUGGUAAAUUCUCAGACCUGACUGGUCAGAUAGCGCCACCAUCAUACCCCAGAAGCUACCCGACUGACGUGGAAUGCGUCUGGGAAUUGAGCGCGUCGCCGGGAAAUCGUUUGAUUCUUACCAUUGAAAAAAUGGACAUUGAGCUAUCCGAUAAAUGUAACGAAGAUUAUCUGGAAAUUCGUGAGAAUAGCAUUUCAGGCAACCUUGUUGGUGUAUAUUGCGGAAACGAUGUACCAUCUGAUUUACCGCAAGCGGAGCGCUUUUGGCUGAAAUUUAAAAGCAAUUCCGAUGAAGUGGGUACUGGAUUUUUGGCGCAAUACACUUAUGCCACCUCCGUUGAAAUCACUGGUUCUAGUGGUGUCAUCACCUCGCCAUUGUAUCCGAUUGCUUUUCAACGUGUAUCACAAGUGUACACGCACCGCAUCACGGUCAGAUUUGGAUAUUACAUUUCGAUUGUCGUUAAGGAGUUUUUGUUGAAGAGCGGCAGUGGGGUUUCUAUUCACGAUGGCUAUGAUUAUUCAGCACCAGCUGAGGAAAUUGAUGCAACGACUACAAAUCCUAUUGUGUCAUCGUCUAACAUUGUGUUUGUCACAAGUUCAACUGAUUUCUUCAGCGAGUUUUCGUUUAAAUUGGAAUGGAAUGAGGUCAGCGAGAAACGGGUAGAAGUCAAGAACGAGACCCAAACAACUAACUGCACCGAAAAUUCCAUAAUCUAUCUGAAUAAUGUAACUGCCGUGAAUAUCAGCUCACCGGGAUAUCCGUACGGCUACGAUGCCAAUCGUAAUUGCACGUGGACCCUGAAACCGGAACAGGCCGGCUACCAUGCAACGUUCCAGUUUCUCGAAAUUGAUUUGGAAGAUUCGUUUAACUGCCUUAGUGACUAUGUGAAAGUAUCGUCCAGUAGUGAUUUAUCGAACUAUAAGUUGCUGAAUAGGACAUGCCAAGAGACUCCAAAUGUAGUACUACAAUUGCACGGGAAUCCGUAUUUGCAACUUAAUUUCAUUUCGGACUAUUAUGCCAAUCGCACAGGAUUUCUUGGCAUGGCAAAAGCCCAAUGUGGUGCUCCCAUGACUGGUCCUAGUGGUGUAAUUACAGUUUACAGAAAAUUACAGAAUUACAUAGAAUUUGACUGUGAAUGGAGCAUAACUGUUCGCCGCGGACGAACGAUUAAAUUUGAAUUUCUCAAUUUCGAUGUUCCAACUAAUGACAAUUCGAAGUGUCGCAGCUAUGUGAUACUGAAGAAUGGAGCAAGUAUGGAAUCGCCAUUCCUGGGCCAAGGUAAAUUCUGCGGAACGUCAAUACCAACAGUGGACAAGACAUCGAGUAAUCGGGCCCUUGUAGUGUUCAAGGAAGACGCUAGUCUGGCUAGAGUCUCCUCGUUCGCACUUCGCUACGAAGAGGUUACAUUCGAUUGCGGUGGUACGAUAAUUUUCAACGGUGAAAAUUCCAGCAUUAUCCAUUCGCCCAAUUUUCCCAACAUACCUCAUCCUCACAUUGAAUGCGUGUGGACUGUCAUCGUGCCAAGUGGAGAACUGAUUCAAGUCGAUUUUAUCGAACGAUUCGAUGUGACCAAUGCCAAAGACUGUGAUCAAGAGUACGUUGAGAUUCGAAACGGCGGAACUACGAGCGGAAAUGUAAUCGGCAAAUUCUGUGGUAAAAUGCCACCGAGUCAGUAUUCUACGUCCAAUAUGGUUAGGAUCAAAUACUACACGGAUAUUCCUGUGCCAAUGAAUGGUUUCAAGGCUAAUAUAACGUUAGCCAAGUGUGGUGGAUUCUAUCGCAGCUCGAGGGGAACGAUUCAGUCCAGCAACUAUCCCGGUCUCGGUGGCUAUGAAAAAAAUUCAGUUUGCGAAUAUCACAUCAGUGGGCCUACUGGAUCUGCCUUGAAUUUGACUUUCGUUGACUUGAAUCUACCCAGCGCUUACAAUUGUAGCACAACCGAUCACAUAGAAAUUUACAGCAUCGUUCAAGGACCAAGGAAUACGAAUGAUUCAACGACCGACCAAAUUGGCACAUAUUGUGGAAAUGAUGACCUUCCCGAGUCAAUUCUAACCAGCUCGGAGGUUCUGGUACGAUUUGUUACGAUGAAUGGCAACAACAUGUAUCGAGGUUUUCGCAUAUCAUUCACAGAUUCGGUGGAAAACUGUGGUAAUGAAGUUUCAGCCGAGAGUGGUUAUAUUACGAGUCCAGGUUAUCCCAACGGUCGUCCAUUCCGACAAUACUGUGAGUGGAGAAUUACCGUCCCGAAAGGCCGGCGAGUGAAAGCCGAAAUCUUGGAUUUUGAUUUUUUCGGUCCACCAACUCUGAUAUUUUACAAUGAUUUCACGUAUACCAUUGGAAUAGAACGACUGUGGCAAAACGAAACCAGUGAAGCGGUCUAUUCAUCCGACAAUCGAAUGCUGAUUAGUUUAUGGCUGAAGAACAAUGCUGGCCAUCGUGGAUUCAGGCUUAAGUAUAGUUCAGAAGAGCCAACCAUUUGCAGUGGUAAUUUGAAUUCAGACGAGGGAACCAUUGAAUCACCGAAAAAUGUCUCUUCCUACUAUUGCGAAUAUCAACGUGACCAGAACGUACCGUUCAUUAGAGGUGAAAGUAAUGCUGGUACGAUGGGCAUAUAUAUAACGGAAUCAGAGACACAAUCUUCUCGUUGCCCUAUGAUGUCACCGAUAGUCGUACAAUUUCAACCAUUUACACGCAAUACAAAGUUCACGAAGAAAUGCAACGGCACGAACGACUUUCCGCCAAUCGCUUCUCCUUUUGCUGAAGUCAAAAUUAUCGCCAAGAAAGAUGAAGACGAUGCAGAUGUUUCUCCGUACACAAUUAAUUACAAAGUUCAUAAUUGCGGAAAGCUGAUAAAGAAUACGCAGGAUGUCACCGUUCGACAACCCACAUUUCCGCAGAAUUAUGGCCGUGUAGCGUGUGCAUGGCAUUACACUAAGGUUGAAAGUGCACCCAUUGCGGUAUUUGGAAGCUAUGCAAACAUCGACUGUACGACCGAGUACAUUAUCAUUAAUUCGUCGCCUCUCAUGCCGAGAAUUCAACAAAAGUACUGCGGCGCAUCAGCAAAGAACUUCAAUUUCACAUUACCUCUAUCAGCUUCUGCCGUGUUCAUCGAAUAUCAUUCAACAAACUACCAUCCGAAUACCACAUUUGAGCUGCACAUCAAAGCCAACUACAGCGUAUGCGGCGGAACGAUUGAACAUCCGCUAUUCGAAUUCUCUAGCCCAUUGAAUGGCUCCCAAUAUCCCAACAAUAUUGAAUGCAUCUGGGACAUAACGAGCAGCAUCGGCUACCACAUUGGAUUAUCGUUUAUAAAUAGAUUCUUCUUGGAAGACAGCACUGAUUGUACAAAAGAUUACAUCGAAAUCCAGGACUAUGUGGACGAUAAUUGGCAAAGAAUGGCUCGCGUUUGUGGACGGUCCACUCCGAAGCCGUUGAAUUCAACGGGUAAUAAAAUGAGAGUAAUUUUCCGCACCAACGAGAAUACAGUUGGUGAAGGAUUUACGAUCAAGUGGGAAGAGAACUGUGGCGGCGUAUUCGCGGUAACCAAAGCUACGAAGUUUUUGACGAGUCCGAAUUUCCCGAACCGCUAUCCAAGAGAUUUUAGGUGUAACUACACGUUGUUGGCUGGUAAAAACGAUUACAUCAAUGUGGAUUUCGAUGAAUUUGAGCUGGAAGAUACGUACCGAUCUUGUGCCUACGACAAUUUAACCAUUUACAAGUAUGAAGAGUGGGCCUUCCCACCUAAUUCACCAAUGCUAGUCGGCGUUUAUUGUUGGAAACAGUCGUUGACUCACAUCCGCCACAAACACAAACUGAAUUUGAUAUUUUCCAGCGAUGAUAUGAUUGAGAAAAAAGGCUUCUCGUCCAAGUAUUAUCUGGACAAUUGUGGAGGCAACGUCACCGACAGUUCAAUGAUUGAAGUGCCCCGAAAAGAAUCGGGCAAGUACGCCGCAUUCUUAAAUUGUGUCUGGCUUAUCACAGCACCGCCAGAGAAGAAAAUCACAAUUCGUUUCGAAUAUUUCGACAUUGAGCACAAUGAUCAGUGCUAUCUGGAUGCGGUGGAGGUUUACCAAGGUCUAAAAACUGACGAUACGCAUCGUAAAGCUCUGCUAUGUGGCAAUUUAACGCAACAUGCCCCAAUUAUCAACAUUGCAUCGAACAAAGCCGUGGUCAAAUUCCGCUCGGACGGAAAUAUUAACGAUGGCGGUUUUAGUGCGCUGAUAUUGUUCGGUGAAAAUUGCGACAAAACCAUUGAACUGAAUGACAGAUCUCCCAGCUAUAAUCUCGAUAAAACCGGCGCGGCCUAUCCACCACUUUUGGAUUGUCAAUACGUGGUUACAGUGCCGGAGGGAUUCGUCGUAAAAGUCGAAUUCGAACAAUUCCAUCUCGCUCCUUGUCAUAGGGAUAACUCUUCGUGCACUUGUGAUUUUGUGGCUGUUUUGGACGGAUCAGAUGCUUUUGCAGAACCAAUUCAAAAGAAUUUGUGCGGACACAGCUUGCCGCAAAAUAUUAUAUCCAGUGGACGAUCAUUGUUCAUUCGAUAUGUAACUGACUCCAUCGUAAGUAGUUCAGGAUUUUCGGCUAACAUAAAAAUGGAAGCAGCUGAAUGUGGAAAGACUCUAAUUCAUCUGAAUUCAACAACACCUGAACACACCCUUACCUGGCCGAUUGGCUCGUCCAAUUAUAGGCCAAAUUCACAAUGUGAUUGGGUAAUUGAAGCUCCUGACACGGAACAGAUCGAUAUUCAUUUCGAGAAAUUCGACUUGGAGGACGCUGAUUCAGGUGGCCAAUGCAGUCUUGACUACCUAAGAUUGACUGACGACGAUGCAAAUCUUUUCAACUCCGAAGGACUGGGUUCUCAAUUCAUUUUUUCUGGAGGCAAGUCAAGAGUUUUGAAACCAUACUUCUAUUGGGGACGAAGUUUCCCUACAGCACCCCAUGAUUACUGUGGUGCUGGCAUUCCAAACGAUUUCGUAUCAAGUUCGAAAAGAGUGAAAGUUCGAUUCCGUAGUAACGAAUCUAAUCAGAAAUCCGGAUUCCAGUUUAUUGCCAGAAUGACGCCAGCGUGCCACCGAAAUUACACGAGCCUUCAAGGACGACUAUAUACGAAACAAUUAGGCGAUUGCGAGACAUACAUAACGGUACCGGAAAACUAUACAAUUUCCCUAUACUUUGGAGUGUUUAUACCUGUCGGAUUUCACCUUCCAAUGCACCGAUGAAACCGCCCCGAUUAAAGUCUUCGAUAAUCGUCGUAACCAAUUGCUUCAACACGUCUGCCCGGGCUCAGUCCCAAAUCCAAUAUUCGCUAAUUCCAGUAGUCUUAAGAUCAAAACCAAGAAAAUGGAUGUGUCAUGGGUAGACACGAAUGGAGCUUAUGACAUAACUUACUUGGCAACGAACACCGGAUUGGGUUGCGGUGGCCAGAUAUUCAAUUAUGCGGGACAAUUUUCCAGUCCUAUGUAUCCAGCUAACGAUCGAAAUGCGUCGGAUUGCCGAUGGGAUAUUAGUGUGCCGCCAAAUUUAGUAGUUUCCCUAACGUUUACGGUCUUCGACAUGGGCUCGUCCGUCCACUGUGCCGACAAUUAUGUACAGAUUAUUGAAUCGGACUAUGAAGGGAAAGAGACAAUUGCCCGUCAAUACUGCGGAGAAGAUGUACCUAGUGCAUA